AAGGACAAAAUCUUGUCAACUGAACCCUAAAACUUAUCAGCGGAGCCCGGGCAUAUCUUCUCCUUUACUUUCAGCUAGCAGUCCAGUUUCUGCUUUCCCUCUCCGAUCUCCAUAGCAAAGCGGUAAGGGAAAAAAUGCUGGACCCAAAUCUAUUUCGAGAAGACAAGGGCUUCAACCCUGAAGUCAUCCGAGAAUCUCAAAGGAGGCGUUUUGCUGACCCUGGUGUGGUUGACGAGGUCAUUAAUCUCGACAAAGAGUGGCGUCAGCGUCAAUUCGAGCUUGACAAUUUGCGUAAAGAGUUCAACAAGAUCAACAAAGAAGUAGCCAAGCUGAAGAUAGCAAAACAAGAUGCAAGUGAGUUAAUUAAGAGUACUGAAGAGAACAAGAAAUUGACUGCAAAAAAAGAAGAAGAAGUGCAAGUAGCCCAGGCAGAACUAUAUAAAAAACUUGAAAGUAUUGGAAAUCUUGUGCAUGACUCAGUUCCAGUUAGCAAUAAUGAGGACAAUAAUGCUAUCAUUCGUCAUUGGGGCGAUAAGAGAACUGAACCGGGGCUCAAAAACCAUGUUGAGCUUGUGAAGCUUCUUGGAAUUGCUGAUUUGGAGAAAGGUGCAAAUGUUGCUGGAGGUAGAGGUUACUAUCUGAAAGAUGAUGGCGUUGAUCUAAACCAAGCAUUAAUCUCUUUUGCACUUCGUUUUUUGAAAACAAGGGGGUAUUCUCGAUUACAUACUCCAUUCUUUAUGAGGCAAGAUAUCAUGGGAAAAUGUGCUCAACUUGCACAAUUUGAUGAAGAGCUUUAUAAGGUCACUGGUGAGGGAGAGGAUAAAUAUCUUAUUGCAACAGCUGAACAGCCUCUCUGUGCUUAUCAUAUGGAUGAUUGGAUCCACCCCUCGAAACUGCCACUAAGGUAUGCUGGAUAUUCGUCAUGCUUCCGUAAAGAAGCUGGUUCACACGGACGCGACACCCUUGGCAUUUUCCGUGUUCACCAAUUUGAAAAAGUUGAGCAAUUUUGUAUCACCAGUCCGAAUGGAAAUGACUCCUGGGACAUGCAUGAGGAGAUGCUCAAGAACUCAGAGGACUUCUUCCAACAGCUAAAGAUUCCCUAUCAAGUAGUUUCAAUUGUCUCCGGUGCAUUAAAUGAUGCUGCUGCAAAAAAGUAUGAUUUAGAGGGAUGGUUUCCUGCUUCUGCCACAUACAGAGAACUUGUUUCAUGCUCAAACUGCACCGAUUACCAAUCAAGGAAAUUGGAAAUUCGUUAUGGGCAGAAAAAGGGAAACGAGCAGUCGGCUAAACAAUAUGUUCAUUUGUUGAACUCAACCCUGACAGCAACAGAGAGGACAUUGUGUUGUAUCCUUGAGAACUACCAAAGGGAGGAUGGGGUGGAGGUCCCUGAAGUAUUGCAACCUUUCAUGGAUGGUGUGACUUUCCUUCCAUUCAAGAGCAUCCCAAAUGACAAAGGGAAAAAGUCGAAAUAGACAUUAGUAUAAGCUUCUGAACCAGAAACAAAGCCUUUUGAACAAUCACCGACUGUUUAUGUGGUCUCAUGGCAUCUGAUUUCAGACGCCGUUUUUGCACAAUAUAAUGUAGUAUAACUUAUUCUGCUUGGUUUGGGAUGAAUAGAGAUUUUGUUGAUUUUAUAUGUGCAUUUUUAUGCAAACUCAUUAAAUUGUUUAAUACGGAGUAUGACAUUACGGGUGCAUAUAUAGGCUUACAUGUC